AUGGCUUCAUCAACUUUGUCCAUUUCAUCUGCACCUUUGUUUUUGUCAAACAAAGUUAAAGCCAUGAAUUCAACUAGGGCAAUAGCUCCUUCCUCUGUGUCUUUUCCAUCAAGGGGUAGUUUUGCUGCUAAGCCUUCAAGGUUGGCUUUUGUGAGAGCUGAAGCUCCUGGAGAUCAAAAGGAUGCUUCAGUGGACGUGCAAGUCCACCAGCAAGGAAAAAACCAAGGGACAGCCGUUGAAAGGAGGCCUCGAGGAUGGGCUGUUGAUGUCUCCCCUUUCGGUUUGUUGGAUCCAUUGUCACCGAUGAGGACAAUGCGUCAAAUGUUGGACACGAUGGACCGACUGUUCGAUGAUGUAAUGACUGUUCCUGGCAGCAGGAAGAAGACAGGAGGGGAGCUGCGUGCACCAUGGGAAAUCAAAGAUGAGGAGCAUGAGAUCAAGAUGAGGUUUGACAUGCCAGGACUGUCCAAGGAGGACGUGAAGAUACCCAUUUUCGACAUUGGACUUUCGGACAUGGAUACAUGGAUACUCGGACGCUCCAAGAAGAUGAAAUAA